AUGAAUAAAGCGGAGAGCGGGCAAUAAUAACAACAGCAAGCGCACGGCGCUAAUAGCAGGAAGCAGCAUUUUUUUAGCGAACAGCGGAAUGUCUAAGAGGCAGCAGGAGCAGUCACAAUGUGGGAGAUGUGAAGUUAAGAAAUAUUGUCUAAUUAUUUCCGUGCCGUCGCCAUGCUCAGUGUGCGCUAAAUUUUUCUACGACUGGAUGGUUGCUGGUACAAAUUCAAAAAUAUUUCGAGUGUGUUUUCGAAUGGAGGCGGCGGUGGUCGCGACCGCGUUGUGGCAAUAGUAAUGUGAAGUGAAGUGAAGUGAAAAAAGUCACAGAAAUAAAUGGAAUAGAGAAAAAUACAUAUAUAUUUAUAACACGGGCAUGCAAUUAAUUUUUACGUAAUAUUUUGACUUUGUUUUUUGUAUUAAAUUUGUAAAAAAUGUGACUUCUUAUGUGAAAUGUGAUUGAUGGUUUUUAAAAGUAGAUACUUAAAUAGAUUGUUUAAGAAAAAUCUGAGCAUUAAUUGCGAGUAAAACGUGUUUCUAAACUGGAGACACUGUGAAAAAUGCAUAUCGGAAGCAUUUUCGGCCCACUGCUGCUGCUGAUCGUAGUCAAGAUCACACACGAAUUCAACGAUGGCGGCAAAGUGGAAGUGAAAGUUGGCGUACUUUUCUUUCGCGACGAGGGCGAUAUUGAAAAGAGUUUUGACGAGGCAUUCCGAGUGAUUAAUAACAAUCAGUUAUUUGGUGUAAGUUUCGAAACGAUUAAGCGGUAUGUGCCCAGCGACGAUAGCUAUAUACUCCAACAGUUAACUUGUGAAUUGCUUUCAGAUGGCGUUGCUGCUAUUUUCGGACCAAGUUCAAAGGCGUCUAGUGACAUUGUUGCGGUCAUAGCCAAUGCCACUGGCAUUCCACAUAUAGAAUUUGAUUGGAAAUUUCAAUCCACAUUUCAAGAGCGCGUCAAUAAUCGAAUGACUGUCAAUGUGGCGCCUUCGAUAGCGAUGAUCUCAAAGGCUUACUUCAGCAUUAUUAAGUCUGUUUACGAAUGGGAACAAUUUACGAUUGUCUACGAGACCCAAGAGGGUCUCGCACGCUUACAAGACCUUUUGAAUAUUCAAUCCAUGAAUAAUGAUCUUGUCAAGUUGCGCUACAUCGGUGAUUAUAAACACGAUUUGCGUGUACUUUGGAAGGAGGUAAGGGAGACCUUGCAUGAAAAUAGAAUUAUUCUGGACUGUUCUGAGGACUCGUUGCAAAUUUUGUUGCAAACUUCGAUGCCUUUUAAGUUGCUGGGCUCUUUUCGGUAUUGGUUCCUGUCUCAUUUGAAUACCCACAACUCGCCCUUGAGAAAUUUGUACAAUGCGGACUAUAAAGCCAAUAUAACUUCUGUGCGGCUAAAAUUGGUCGAUGAGAAUCCUUAUGGGCGCAAAAAGACCCGAAUACGGCCAAUUGAUGAGAUAUUUGCCAGUCAGGAUUUCUUGCCAAUUCUGAUGUACGAUGCUGUUGUCUUAUUUGCUAAUGCCGCAAGAAAUGUAAUUAUAUCGUUGAGAACGUUUAAGGAACCAUCAAACAGAUGCGAACUUGGUUACCAUGGCGGCAUUAGUAGCCGUCCUUGGUAUGUGGGACGUCAAAUCGUGCGCGAAAUGAAGACGAUCUCUGAAGAUGAUGUGGAGCCGCCCUUCAAAACGGAAAAUCUGAAAAUCGACGAAAAUGGUGAACGCAGCGAUUUUAGUUUGGAGAUUUACAAGCCAACCACAAAUGAAAUUUUAUCUAUCUUUAAAUCGGAUGGCACUGUGGCACCGCCAAGUUCAAUCUAUGCGACGACGAGCAGCGCUUCGACCACCCCCGAUUUUUCGUUGGAAAAGAAAUUCUUUGUAGUGGCCACACGCUUUGAAGAACCUUAUUUCAUGUUGAAAGAGGAUCAUGAAAAUUUGCGUGGCAUGGAGAAGUAUGAAGGCUAUGCGGUGGAUCUGAUAGGGAAAUUGUCAGAGAUAAUGGAUUUCAAAUAUGAUUUUUUAAUUGAGCGUGGCACUGGCAAACCCAAUCCGGAGACUGGCGAAUGGGAUGGCAUUAUCAGACGGCUAAUUGAUCACCAAGCCCAAAUUGGUAUAUGCGACAUAACCAUUACCCAGGCGCGUCGUCAAGUUGUUGAUUUUACAGUGCCUUUCAUGCAACUCGGUAUUAGUAUACUGUUUUACAGAAGAGCACCGGCACCGAAGAAUGUUUAUGCUUUCUUGGAUCCAUUUGCCGAAGAGGUGUGGUACAAUAUGAUGCUGACACAAUUGGUGAUGACGUUGCUGUUUGUAUUAUUGGCGCGAUUUUCACAACACGAGUGGAUGAAUCCUAAUCCAGCUGAUUCCGAUCCGGUAGAGCUUGAAAAUAUAUGGAAUAAUUCGAAUUCAUUUUGGCUGAUGAUUGGCUCUAUUAUGCAACAAGGUUGCGAUAUACUACCAAAAGGCCCUCCGAUGCGUAUUCUCAGCGGUAUGUGGUGGUUCUUUACCUUGAUGAUGGUCAAUGCGUAUAUUGCCAAUUUGGCGGCUUCGCUAACGAACAACAAACUACAAAGCGAGUUCAAUAGCCUCGAAAGUCUUGUCGAUCAGAAUAAGGUUAAGUAUGGCACAUUGGCUGGUGGCAGCACUUCAGUCUUCUUUUCCGAAUCGAAUGAGACGGAUUAUAAGAAGGCCUGGAAUCAAAUGAUAAGUUUUACCCCAUCCGCUUUCACAUCCAGCAAUAAAGAGGGUGUUGAUCGUGUGCGUAAAGGUCAGGGUACGUAUGCUUUUUUAAUGGAAACAACCUCAUUGUCAUAUAAUGUUGAACGGAGCUGUGAUCUGAAGCAAGUUGGUGAGCAAAUAGGUGAAAAGCAUUACGCAUUGGCUGUACCAUUUGGCUCCGAAUAUCGUUCAAAUUUGAGCAUCUCUCUUCUGCAAUUAAGUGAGAAGGGCGUUCUUUUGACCCUCAAACGUCGUUGGUGGACACCGAAAAAUGCUAGUAACUGCGUUAAAUAUACUGAAGUGGAUGGUGAUGAGCUUUCGAUUAUCGAGCUGGGUGGCGUCUUUCUUUCGCUCGGCGGUGGUGUGGCAGUUGCUUUCAUUAUUGGGGUUUGUGAGUUCUUGUGGAAUGUACAAACAGUUGCUGUGGAAGAGAUGACCACUCCGUGGCAGGCUUUUAAAGCUGAGCUAUGCUUCGUGCUAAUGUUUUGGAUUACAAAGAAGCCAGCAAAAAUUUCCGAGAGCACAAAAAGCUCCAUUUCCUCGAAAUCCUCUUCAAAACGUUCAACAGAUCAUUCGCGAUCGCGUUCGCAUAGUCGCGUAAGUGGUCGCUCUCACAGGACAACCAAAUCGAAAGCAUCUCAUCGAGAUCGUGAACGGAGUGUGCAUAACCGGAGGUAUUACGAUUGAACGACGUAGCUGAAGUAUUUGUGAAACUUAUUGAUUUAUUUAAAGGCGUACAAUUUUAGUUAAUGAAAAAUUUG